AAAACGUAGAAGAAGAAGCUCCACGAGAAAGCAAGAUGGCGGCGUUCGGACGUUUCUCUCAAAUGUUGCGGAGGUCUUCUUUGACCCGAACCAGGCGUCAGCUUUCCGCUUUUGUUGACUCACAUGAGGCGGACUCUGCUAAAACAUGGAAGAUCCUGACAUUUGUGGUCGCCCUGCCCGGUGUUGGCGUGUGCAUGUUGAACAUGUUCUUGAAGGGGAGCGAACACAGCCACGACGCACAGCCAGACUUUGUUCCUUACAGCCACCUUCGCAUCCGUACCAAGCGUUUCCCCUGGGGAGAUGGGAACAAAAGCCUUUUCCACAACCCACAUGUGAAUGCCCUUCCUAGUGGAUAUGAGGGGCACGAUGACUAAAUCCUGCAGACUUGACUGGCUCCGUACCUCCCUCAGCGUUUGUUACUGGACCACAACCCUGACCACAGAUGACGCAGUCUCGUUUUAUUGUGUUUACCUCUGUGCUGUCAACGCAGGGCGCCUGAACCAAUAAUUCCAUUGUUCUGGACCAUUAAACAAAAUGUCCACUUAAACGGAAAUAAAUAAAUUAUCUGAAACUACA